AUGACUUUUAUUCACCGAGCAGCGUCUCGGUUUAUAAGAAAAGGACCAACCUUUACAAAUUUUACCGCUAGAAAUGUGUUGAAAACUAAUACUCUUAAUUUUCAAAGACGUACUUUCGCAACUGAAUCCGGUAAUAUUGGUACUGUCCAAUCUGUUAUUGGAGCUGUAGUCGAUGUACAAUUCGACGAAAAUAAAUUACCCUCUAUAUUGAAUUCUUUGGAAGUUGAAAGAGAUGGUGGUCGUCUUGUACUUGAAGUAGCUCAACAUUUAGGGCAGAAUGUAGUACGGACUAUAGCUAUGGAUGGGACAGAAGGUCUGGUUCGUGGUCAAAAAGUAAGAGAUACGGGUGCUCCUAUUAGAAUUCCAGUCGGUCCAGAAUGUUUGGGUCGAAUUAUCAAUGUCAUUGGUGAACCUAUUGAUGAACGUGGUCCAAUCACAACUAAAAAGCUCUCCCCAAUUCAUGCCGAAGCACCUGAAUUCAUUGAUCAAUCUACGGUUCCAGAAGUUUUAGAAACUGGAAUAAAAGUUGUAGAUUUGUUAGCUCCUUAUGCCAGAGGAGGAAAAAUUGGUUUAUUUGGUGGUGCAGGUGUAGGAAAAACUGUAUUGAUUCAAGAACUUAUUAACAAUAUUGCCAAGGCUCACGGUGGAUAUUCUGUUUUUACUGGUGUUGGUGAACGAACCCGCGAAGGGAAUGAUUUAUAUCACGAAAUGAUUGAAACUGGUGUAAUCAAACUUGAUGGUGAUUCAAAGGCGGCUCUUGUUUUUGGGCAAAUGAAUGAACCUCCAGGUGCACGUGCGCGAGUUGCACUUACUGGACUUACAAUUGCCGAAUAUUUCCGUGAUGAUGAGGGUCAGGAUGUAUUACUCUUUAUCGAUAAUAUUUUCCGUUUCACCCAAGCUGGUUCAGAAGUAUCUGCUUUAUUGGGUCGUAUCCCUUCCGCUGUAGGAUAUCAACCAACUUUAAGAAUCACAACGACCAAAAAGGGUUCCAUCACUUCUGUACAGGCCGUAUAUGUCCCAGCAGAUGAUUUGACUGAUCCUGCACCCGCCACUACAUUCAGUCAUUUGGAUGCAACGACUGUAUUGUCUCGUUCCAUUGCCGAACUUGGUAUUUACCCUGCUGUAGAUCCUCUUGAUUCCAAAUCGCGAUUAUUGGAUCCUCGAGUCGUUGGUGCGGAACAUUAUCAAGUAGCUACUGAUGUACAAAAGAUUCUUCAAGAUUAUAAAUCUUUGCAAGAUAUUAUCGCCAUCCUUGGUAUGGAUGAAUUAUCUGAAGAAGAUAAGCAAACUGUUGAACGCGCCAGAAAAAUUCAAAGAUUUUUGAGUCAACCAUUUGCUGUCGCUCAUGUCUUUACCGGUUUUGAAGGUCGUCUUGUUAAACUAAAAGAAACCAUUAGAUCAUUUAAAGAAAUUUUAGAAGGUAAAGCUGAUGACUUACCAGAAGCAGCCUUUUAUAUGGUUGGAGAUAUUGAUGAUGCCAGAAAGAAGGCAGAAGACAUUGCAAGAGAUUUGAGUAAACAAUAA